UGCAGCACUGUCGCCACACUCUGUGACAGGUCAUUGCCGUUAACUCUUAUGAACAUGGUACUUCUCUAGUGCCGCACUCCUCUGCUGCUACCAUGCCUUGUUUGGACCAUCGUCUCUCUCACCCCACUUGAUGCCAUCACAGCAGGCCAGCUUUAGGUUCCACAGGCUGGAGUCUGGUCCGUCUGGAGGAUGGGGAAUAUCAUGCGAGGCAGCAGUUCCACGGGCAAAGACAACACAGAGAGCUCUUCAAAAGGUUCGGAGGACGACAUUGUGGUGGUGCUUAAAGACUACCCGUCGCCUGAAAUCAGCGAGCCCAUCUACAGGAUGGGGGAGAAGCUCAGACUCAUCGCUCAGGAGGCUUACUGGUGGCGAGUACGCUCUGUCCAAACACAAAAGGAGAACUACAUACCUAACAGCCAUGUGGCAAAAGUAUACCACGGUUGGCUGUUUGAAGGGGUUGAGAGGCAGAAGGCUGAAGAGCUGCUCAGUCUACCUGGAAACAGAGUGGGCUCCUUCUUGGUGCGGGAGAGCAGCAGGGAGAGAGGUCAGUAUUCACUCUCAGUGAAGCACAGGAUCAUAAAGCACUAUCGUAUCUUCAGACUGGACAACAGCUGGUACUACAUCUCCCCUCGCCUCACUUUCCAGUGCCUCGAAGAUAUGAUCAACCACUACUGUGACUUUGCAGAUGGCCUGUGUUGUGCGUUAUCCACCCCGUGUCUGGCAGGAAUGACCCCCCCAUCGGAUGCAUCUCCUGCAGCUCCACCUGUAGUCAUGCGACGUAACUUUGACUGGAAGAAAAUAGACAGCAGACAGCUGGUCAGCACAGACAGCUGCAGUGACAACAUGGUGAGCUACGGAGUCAGAAACAGCAUCGCCGCCUACCUGUCCUUUUCUGGGAAUCAGGACCCUGCACGGACGAGAGCAGAAAGCAGAAAGAAAAAGAGUAAAUCUGUCUAUGCUAUUCCUGAAAGCGGCCUGGGAAACAUUGACUAUGAUGAUAACUUCUAGAGAGAGCAGCGAGGUUCCAGAGACUGAAAUACCUUCAAGUGGAAGGUAGCAUGGGGCAUCCUUCUCUCAAAUCCAGCACAUAAUUAUGUGGCAGUAGAACAACAUUUGUGUUUUAGCAUCCAAAUAAUUGCAGUGUGUUAGUUUCUCAUGUGAGCACUUUGAAAUACUUUAAAGAUAACACAAACUGCAUGACCACUUACACUUUGACUCAGCCAAUAAGACGGAUCUUUAUGGAGUUGAAUUGGACGGUGGUGCAAUUGAACUCUGAUGUGUAUUCUGCACAUGAAUUGAAUGAUAAAUAGGAGACCUGACUGCUAUGGAUAUUGUUGGGUAAUAUAUGUGUAUGAGUAUUAAUGGCUUCCAAACUAUUUUCCUGUGUUCUUAAUAAAUGUUAUACGGUCAAAUGGCACCAACUUAAACAUG